AUGAAGAUAGAGCUAAUUGAUCCGACAACAAUGUUGCCACAGACAACAGUGUCUUUGAUAGAGCCAAGAAAAUGGUAAAUUAGGGAUUGUUUAUAUGUUCAGUACUCUUUAAAUGAAGCUUAGUAUAAUACGAAAUAAGAAUGUUGUGAAUAUCAAAGUAUAAAUUUUUAAAAUAUAUGUUCCCUAGAAGCAUGGGAUUCAUGAGAAUUUAUAAAUGGCCUACAAUAAAUAAGCAGUUUUUUGUAGCCCUGUUUUUGGGUAUUGCUUGUGGUUGGUUUAUAGCUUAUACAGGUGUUCCCCAUGAAAUUCUGGCACUGACUGAUCCUCAUACUAGUAAUGAUAUGGAAAAUAUGUAUGGACCUACGGUGGAUCCUGGAAACCAUGCAGAAAAUGAAGAGUUUCACAAUAUGGAAGAUCCCACAGUGGCUAAUAAACUGUACAAUAAUGUUAGAAUAUUAUGUUGGAUUAUGACUGGCCCCAAAAAUCAUGAGAAAAGAGCAAAACACGUUAAAAAUACUUGGGGGAGAAGAUGCAACAUUUUAUUGUUCAUGAGCUCAGUGGAAGAUUCAUCAUUACCUUCUAUAGCUCUCCCAGUUAAAGAAGGAAGGGACAAUCUUUGGUUAAAGACUAAAGAAGCUUUUAAAUAUGUUUAUAAACAUUACUAUGAUUCAGCAGACUGGUUUCUAAAGGCUGAUGAUGAUACGUAUGUGAUAUUAGAAAAUUUAAGGUAUAUGCUCUUACCUAACAAACCAAGUGAACCAGUAUAUUUUGGAUGUAGAUUUAAACCUUUUGUUAAGCAAGGUUAUAUGAGUGGAGGUGCAGGUUAUGUUUUGAGUAAAGAAGCACUUAGAAGAUUUAUUGAAGUCGGUUUAACAAAUUCGACUGGAUGUUCACCAGCUAAUGGUGGAUCUGAAGAUGUCGAAAUGGGAAAAUGUAUGGAAGCCGUUAACGUGAAAGCAGGUGAUUCACGUGAUUCAUUAGGUAGAGGAAGAUUCUUUCCAUUUGUACCUGAACAUCACCUAAUUCCUGGACAUGUAUCAAAAAGUUUCUGGUACUGGGAUUAUAUUUAUUAUGAACCUAAACAGGGGAUGGAUUGUUGUUCGGAUAACGCGGUUUCAUUUCAUUACGUCAGUCCUAAUCAAAUGUAUGUAUUAGAAUAUCUUAUAUAUCAUUUAAGGCCAUAUGGUAUAUCAUUUCAUGUAGAGAUGCCACCGGAAUUGACUGAAAAACCAUCUGUCAGUUAUGAAACUUCAGAUACCACGAUAUAAAACAACAACUAAUUUAGUUCUUGACCUUUUAUUUUUAAUACAGGGUAUUUUUAAAAUCUCAAAACAAUACUAUGUUUAAUUAUUUUACUUCAGAAUAUUCCAACUUUUCGUUCUGAUAAUCUCAGUCAUAUCAUAAUAUGUUACAUCACUGGAGGCCAUAAGAAUAAUAAAACUGUAAGUUAAUAAGGUCGGUCGAUAAUAGUGAAAACUUUCACUACAAAAAGUCUUUGCAGUGUAAACAAAUUUUAAAGCCUAUUUAUUUCCGAGCAAUUUUGCUUAUUUUUGACUAAGAACUUUAAGGCAUUUCUUUCUUGUAAAGUUGUUUCUGUUUAAAUACUCUAAUAUGAGUAAUUAUCUUGUUAAUUUAAAGAUAGAAACCUAGAAAUGCGAUUAGAUACAAACAAAAAAUAAUUUUGGUCAACAAUAUAGACCCGUUUAAUUUUAGUGAUACAGAUUCAGUAUUGAUCCAGUGGACUAUCCAAAAAUUAGAAAUAUGGACAUUAUUAGCUAUUUAGUGUUAACCAAAAGUUACUACACAUACCAGCAACUUUGAAGUACUUUAACAAGAUUUGUCAGUAACGGUGGAAGUCGAAAAGCUGCGGUCCAAAAGUAAGAUCCAUAUUUUUUCUUCUUAUACGUGAAAUUUCUUUGAACUCUGUCCAUUAUUGUAUUUGAAAAAUGCGGGUAGACGGUAGAAACUCAGUUUAUCUCUGACAUUAUUUUUAGCACAUUGUACAGUACAACAAAACACCAUUUUCUCAAAUGAAUGCCAAUAAGACCAAAAUAACUUCACAAAAUGCUUAGUUCACUAAAAGGCUGCCCAAUAAAAUGCUUUGUUCAUGAUAUAAGGAUAAAACCUUUUGACAUUUAAUUGACAUAGUUGUUGCUUUCAAAUUUAUCCAGUUCUUUGUGCACGAAACCCGUGGGCUCGAUGCUCAUGAGCUUAGUACACAGAUUCAAUUGGAACAAACCUCCGUGAGUAUUAUUUCAAGUGACAUAUUUUAAAACAUAUCCACAAAUUAUUUGUUGCCGUGUCCGAAAUGAAAGAUACUCGAUUAAUUGAAUAGAAAAAUGAAUACUAUGGAAGCACUUUCUUGUAAGUACCCUGAUAUACCUUAUUAUUUAUAUUUUAUUUCAAAUAAUAAAUAUGAACAUUAAAUUUGAAAUAAAAGUUUACAUAACCUCAAUUUUACAGUUUGUGUUACAAGUGCAGUUUUGAAACCCACGAAAUCCGUUUAUUUAACUGGUGCUUGAGAGGCAAAGGGAAAACGCAAAAUUGGAAAGCGACUAGUGUUGAAAUUGCCUAUUAGGCAAUCUACGUUAAAUUAACGGCCGUUCGAUAAACCAUUGAAAUUCUCGUGUGUACCCCUGUUAACUUUUCUUGGGUUUUCCAAUAGUAAGAGUUGUUUUGUAUUCUUGUUGUUUCAUGGUGUUAAGAGGUCUCCAUAGAUAGUUUUUAGAUCUGUUUCAGUGAAACUAAUACGUUUGAAACUGAGUAUUUUUGCAGUCUGCAAGUAAGCUUUCAAGUAAUUCACAAAAUUUAGGACGCUUGUAUUUAUGUUGUGCUUAAAUCACGGAAGUUUUUCAGACAUUCAUUUCCACUGUUGCGUUCAAGUUUUUCAAACAUAAGUAGGUUGCAAAGUGAUAACCCAGUGGCAGCUGAAAGGUACUAGGACAAACUUGAAGCUUUAGGUGGAGUUAAUCCCUUUUUAUUAGAUGAAAGAGCUUUAGUCAGAAACCUGUUAAUUUUCGAAGUUUCGAACAUACUUGCAUAUGUCAAGCACAACAGGGCAUAGUGGAAAAAACCGACAAAGCCACGUUUCUAGGAGGAAAUUUCACACUUCUUUUAGUAGCAAAUCUUUAAGAAGCAAUUUCGCAAUAACACUGGAAAUAAUGAGGUCUACCCACGGGCAAUUUUUAAUGGGCAUCAGCUGGUUAUGAUCAUUUCUUAUAUUGCUCAGUUAGUUAUAUGGAAUAUGACCUUGUCUUUUUGUAACCCAACUUUACUGAUCAUCUGUCUGAUUUGGAAGCUACAGAUGAUUUAUAAGGUGUUGAAAUUGACUUUCAAAAUGCUUGACAAAAUUGGCAGUUACCAUAACAUGAAAAUUUUAUGGUAAUGAUAAAUAUUUAAAGCCAAGCGCUGGAACGUGUAUUUUCUAUUUGCAGUACACAGGAAAAAAGCGUGGGAUUAGAUUGUUACCAGGCAAUAAAAAAACAGCGAAAACUCUUUAUUUUAGACCAGAGCCCUACCAUGGCUUCAUGAAAUGUCACAUUAACUACUAAACUGAAAGCUUAAGGAUCAGAUAGAGUAUUAACUAGAGAAACACUCGAAUGUACAGGGCUUCUAUGGUCAGCCAUCCAAUAUAAAAAAAUUGGGGGGCUGCUUUUAGAAAAGAAUGGGGGGCACUAUUCUAGUAUAUAUUUGAGUUGUAUAUAUUUGUAGUAAAUGGAAAUAAUGUAUUUUUUCGUUGUAUCUUAUAGAUCAAUGAUAUAUAGAUCUUCUCAAUGACUGGCAGAUUACUAUAUUAUUGGUAAUUAUAAACGAUUGUUCAGGCUUUCCUAUAGCCAAUAGCAGCGAUAUUUAAACUUUUUGAUUUGAAACUUUCCUAUUAAAGAUGUUCUAACAAAUUUUAUUUCAGAAAGGUGCAUGUGCAUUUAAUGGGGCAGUUUAUCAAUCCUGAAGUUGGGUAUCUGAUAAUAGUAACCAGUAAAUAGGGUUGAAGUUGGCAAUAAUGAUGAAUAAAUAUAUCAGGCUCCAUUGAUUCUGCUUUCUUUCCAUUGACUAAUGGGCAUUCUCUAUGCUAUGAAGCUUUAUUAUUUAUAUGAAUUCCUUCAACACGAACUAAAGCUCUAUGUAGUUAGGGAAAGAGUUAAUAAUUUUGUUGUUUCAUCUGUUUUCUCAUUUUUUAUCAAGUUUUAACAGUAAACGAGUAAAAUUGCUGCGUCGUUUUUAUUAUUAUUAUCUAUUUUAUCAGAAUAAAUCCCACUCACAAGAAACCAUUGAAGAUUAUUCAAAAUUUACACAAAUCAGAUACCGAAUUUAAUUCACAAAAUAUAAUUGUUAGAUUAAUCCUUAACCAGAGACAUGUCAGCUUUGUUACAUGAACAGAGAGGUGUCGUCUGCUAGACUACAUUUUUUAGCUGGCGAAAAUAAAUAAAAUACUUUAAAAGGCUUUAUUUUUUAUUCAAAAUAAACAAACUUAAUCCUUUUGGAUGAAAUGGAAUGAAAUUUAAUUUAAUUAUAAACAAAAAAAAAUCAUAUCCCUGAAGAAGGGAAAAAAUAAGAAAUAUUUGAACAAGAAUAAAAAAAAGUUUUUACACUCCAUAAUAUUCAAAACACAAAAAUUGGUAUAAAAAAAGUGGAUAAUAGGAAAGUAACUAAAACUAAAAAUAUAAAAAAACAUCAAACAUAAUGUCUUGGGGCUCCUGUAACAAUCCUCAAAGUUUAGUGUUUAUCUUCAAUGCACUUGUCACAAAUUGGCUUUGUACACUGUAGGCAUAUAGGUUUCCGACACUCAAUGGAAAAAUAUUUGGUCAUUCUACGUUUGGCUGAUGACAUAUUUUCCUUUUUUCCAAAAAAAUGUAUAUUUGGGUGCGCCGGUGCUUCUACUGUAGAGCCAAGGAUACGGCUUAUGGUCUGUCGUAUUUCUCGUGGUAUAUGCACAUUUAUCAUUCGUCUGUCCAUAUGUGGUUGCACUAGUUGUUUUGCUAAUUGUUUGGUGAACUUACUUUUUUCUUUUAUUUUUGUGUUGUUUUGGUAACAUUGGUUUAAAAUAUAGGAAUUUACGACAGAGAGUUCGUCGACUCGAAGAACUCUUGGAACACUUCUCAUCAAUACUGUCAACCCCUCCCUUAUUUCUAUUAUAGUAAGAAAUAAUUUCGGGUUUGUUUACUAUAUUGUCAUGCAUCGAGUAUACCAAUAUUGUGGCCUUUCCUUUCGUCCCAUGAGAUAUUAUAGUUUUUUCUUCUCUAAACAAAUAAAUUAUAGAUCCUUUUUCUUUUUUCUUAUCAGGUAGAAAAUUAGGUGGAAUUUCAGCCUUAUUUUUUUUCAUAGUGCCGACAUACGUCAAUUUAUUCUUCAGCAAAAUAUCCACUAGUUGUAUGGAAGUAUACCAGUUGUCGGCCGUGUCCUAUUGCUAUUGAAAAGUGGUUUAGCGAGACAUAAUGCUGCUUGGGUGGGUUUUGAAAUUUUUUUUUCAUCAGUGAGCCUUUUUCCGUCCAAGUCUUUGCCACAUUAAAUAUAAGCGUUAUAUAAAUAGCUAUUCCUAGCAUCUGUCAGGGAUUGUAUUUUAAUGCCAUACUUGGCCGGUUUGUUUGGCAUGUACAUUUUGAAACGACACCUUCCCCUAAAACUCACGAGCAUUUCAUCUAUGGUGGCGGACUGGCCAAAUACAUGAGCACUUUGGCAAUUUUGUAUAAAUGUAUUGAAUACUAAGUAAACUGUCGAUGCUGAAUCAUUCUGCUUUCGCUUUUCUCGGUCUCCGGAAUUAUCAAACCAUAGAGCACAUAAUAAAAUCGACAUUCGUUUUAUGCUCAUCACGCAUCUAAAUAUUUCUCUACCGGUUCCAUCAGUAGCAAAUUUAGUCUCUAGAUUCGAAUUAAAUAUCGCUGAAUAUAUCAGUAGACCUAAAAAUGACUUCAACUCAACAAUAUUAAUGUCUCUGACAUUAUAUACUAUACACUAUACACAUUGUACUAAGUUUUUUAUUAGUCCAUUUCAUAAUGUGUCCUAAAAUAUUUUCACUAAAUAAUAAACCCCAAACUGAAAGAGGAUCCGCUGUGUCACCCAAACUUCGUGAUUUGGCAGUCAAUAUGGGAAUUUUUAUGACAAUAUUAUGUUUUCGAGUCGUAGAUGAUGGGCGAACUUCUGAAGACCAUGUAUUCUUGCCAUAAAAGUAAGCUGAGGGACUUUCUUGAAGCGUUCCAUCAUUUUCAACAUCUUCAUCGGCCCUUUGCUCUAUAAUUGUAUCGUGUUCAGAUUCUAUACGAUAAUCGUUGGAGACAUUGUCUAUAUCACUAGUAUCACUAAAAUCCUCCCGAUACCAUUUCUGUAAAGUCUCUUUAUAAUUCGGAUCAUCUAAACGGACACGCUUUGACGGCCCGGCCGUAUUCUUGUUUAACUAUUCUCACAAACACACGGAGACGCUUCGUCUGUCGGACUACGUUGCAGGUACCAACCACUAUAACUUCUCAAAACACACUGAUCUACUUGCUAGGCUCGAAUAAGGGAAGGAGUAAGUGAAGUAACACGCCACUAGCUGCUCUUACCAGUGAAUACUGAUCCAUUAAUUUUUUGGCGUCGACUCACAGACGACAUGUCUCGGGUUAAGGGUUAAGUCGCCCGUUUUCAAAUAUCUAUUCUAUGGUAUGUUUGGGCUAUCAUCCAGUUAUCUGACUUAUCUCCCAGUUAAAACGAAGGGAUAAAUAUCUCACAAUGUAGCUAUCGGAUGAAUUAUACUGUUGUCAAUAAACCAAGCUUACAAAAUUAUAGCAUAAUGUUAAAUAUUUUUAUUAUUAUUAUUUCACAGAUCAAUUGUAAUUGAGGAUCUGACCCUGAGUGUGACAGUUACAGCUUACACAUGUUUAGAAUAAAAUGAUUCAUGAGGUGCAAAGAAAUCAAUAAAAAUGUAUUUUUAUGGCGAGCAGUUAUCACUAGUCGUUGAAAAGACCUAUACUGAGUGAAUCAUAACUAUUGAGUAGGAACAAAUUAUUUAUUUGUAUAAAAAUAUGAGAAAUGGACCAAAUAUUUCAUAUGGGUGUCUAGCAAUAGUACUUUUAUAUUGGAAAAUCUUGCUAAGUAAUAUUAAAAUAAUGGACGCUGCAAAAUUGACUUAAACAUAAAAUUAAUGUUUUUAAUGCUUUGGAAAUUAAGAUAUUUGAAUUUACUAAAAAAUGAAAAAUUCACAAAUUGCUGCACGCCCUAAUAAUGAAAUGUUUUUAUGGAAAAGGUUCUAUAUACUUUGUUCAUUUUAUUUCAGUGUGAAUGUUUUUUGUGUUAUUUUAACAAUUUUUAAAAAAUAUUUAUAUAAUUUAUUAUUACUCAGAAAUGGUACUUAAUAUUUAUGUGACAAUGAAAAUUGGCGUUCUUAUUCGAAUAUAUAGGAUCAAAAAAACGCCCAAUUGCUAAUACUAGUCUCAUUUGCCAAAUGUAUAUAUUUUGUAUUAGUUAAGAUUAAUUAUCAGUCAGCACUCUGAAUUCUUUUGUCCUUUUUUCUCAAUAUUUAUAUUAUAUUUGUAUAUCAAUAUAAGGGGAGAAAGCAGUAUAUUGUGCCAUAUUGAUAUCUUCUCCCUUUUUAUUUUAGAAUAAAUUAUAACAAUAAUCAAUUGAUUUCAGUUGAACUAUAUAAUAAACUGGUAGUUAAUAUUUAGCUGUUUUAAGAAUGAAACUUUUCACGUUUGAAAGAUGAUGCAUCUACAAAAAUGUUUUCGAUUUCAAUUUCAAAUAUAUACAGUGUGAUUAGUUAAGAAAAAUUAAUUUUUUUUUCAACUAUAGAUGUAUUCACAAUGCUUCUGAUACAAUUAUGAAAAAUAAUUAUUGUAAAAAAACCUAAUUUAUUCGUUUAUAAUGUUAACCACCUGUUUCUUAUAACAAGGAGUAUUGUAAAGAAUUCGUGUAUGUAUUAGUAUUACUAUUUGUUGAUAAAAUUUCAGUACAAUGUCAAAUUUUUAAUCCUUUUUAUCACUUUUAGCGUCACAAAGACAUCUGCAUCACAAAUUUCCUGUAAUGGCAGUUGGCAAUCGAUAAUCUAACCGAGGACGCCAGUUUUCGUCCCAUUUCUUCGAAUUAUUUGUGAAGUUAAAAUAUCUUUUGUUAUAUUUAUAGCAAGAAUAAGGAAACACACUUAAAAACCAAGAAAAAACAAAAAAAAAAAGGAAUUUUGACGCAAUUGGCGUGACGUCGGACUAAAGAUUUGUCGUAUUAUCGAGUGUCAACUGUAUUAUUAUAAAAUUAUACAAAUAUCAUUAAAUUAUUUGUUCAAUGUUCAAAAAAUUAAUAAAGAAAUUUAAUGAGUCACAACAAA